UUUACAAUACAAAAUUUUAAAAAUAAUGAAAAAAAUAAAAAGGGACAUUAAACAAAACAAAAGCUGCGUGUUUGAGCAGCCUAAACCCUGCAAACCCAAGCUCAAACUUAUGCCCAACAGUUCUCAUAAACCCUAAAUUAGAACUUCAACCCAUUUUUCAACUUGUUCAGCUCUUAAUCACUCUACUUCUUCUUCUUCACAUCCUAUUUACAAAUUCAACAAAAACAAAAUUAAUUUUUUUUGGGAUUUCAGGCUAAAACUUUCCCCAAAUAUGUCCUGCUAUGACAAUGGAGCUCACUGAAUUUCAACAACCCAUCAAUUAUCAGCGAUGUUAUUGUUUCUUCGCACUUUCUUUAGCGUUGUUGGUCGCAGAAGCUCCAUUUCCAAUCGCAUAGGUGCGUCCAUUGUUGCCCCGUUUCCUCAUAAUAAUAUGCCUUUCUCUCUCCUCCCUUCGACCCACUUCAUCAUUUGUCCUUUACAAUGCAAUUUGAUGAUCUGGGUCACUGGUUUUUUGUUAAAUUUUAGAUACCCUUUUAUCAGUAAAGUAAAUUCUGAUUGUUUCAAUGAAGUAUUUGAUAGAGAUUAUAUGAAAAAAUUAGUUCUUGAAGAGAGGUGGAAUGAUGCUAGGAUUGGUAGUUUGUUUAAUUCUGCAUUAGCCCCAAUUUUAGUUUCAAGGGUUUUAGUUGUAUUGAAGGAAGAACCUAAAUUAAUGAUGAAGUUCUUUCGGUGGGCGAAAACGCGUAUUGGGUUUAGGCAUUCUACUGAAUCUUAUUGUAUAGUGAUUCAUAUCUUGUUUAGUAGUAGAAUGUACCAUGAUGCAAACUUGAUACUGAAAGAAAUGAUACUUUCGUCCAAGCCGUGGCCUGGUGUGGAUUUGUUUGAUGCUUUGUGGUUGACAAGGAGCGUUUGUGUUACGGGUUAUGGAGUAUUCGAUGCGUUUUUUAGUGUGUUGAUUGAAUUGGGAAUGCUUGAUGAGGCUAGCCAGUGUUUUGAGAGGUUGAAGAGAUAUAGGGCUCCUAAGGUGCGUUCGUGUAAUAACCUUCUAAGAAAGCUUUGUGAAUCAGGUAGAGGUGGGACAUCAAGGAAGAUUUUCAGUGAUUUGCUUGGGGUUGGGAUGACCCCAUCUGUGUUUACUUAUAACAUAAUGAUAUGUGAUAGAUGCAAGGAGAAGGAUAUGGUAGGAGCUAGGGAAUUGUUUAAUCAGAUGAAAGAUAGCGGCUUAAUACCGGAUAUUGUUACAUAUAAUACACUGAUUGAUGGGCAUGGAAAGCUUGGCCUGUUAAAAGAAACAAUAAAUAGUUACGUGGAGAUGAGAGAAGUAGGUUGUCGUCCUGAUCUUAUAACAUAUAAUACUCUGAUUAAUUGUUUUUGUAAAUAUGAAAAGUUUCCUCAAGCUUUCCAAUUUCUUCGUCAGAUGAAAAGUGAUGGUUUGAAGCCUAAUGUUGUAACAUAUAGCACAUUAAUUGAUUCUUUUUGCAAAGAAGGGAUGAUGAGAGAAGCUAUGAAAUUUUUUGUUGAUAUGAGACGUCUUGGUCUCUCUCCAAAUGAAUAUACAUAUACUUCUUUGAUUGACGCGAAUUGUAAAAGCGGAAAUCUUGGUGAAGCUUCAAAAAUAGUGAAAGAGAUGUUGGAGGUGGGGCUUGACCUAAAUGUUGUAACUUGUACUGCUCUGAUGGAUGGCCUUUGUGACAAAGGGAGAGUAGAAGAAGCAGAGGAAUUAUUUAAUACUAUGCAGAAAGCUGGCAUAAUCCCAAACCAGAAAACCUACACUGCUUUUAUUCACGGCUGCAUUAAAGCUGGGAAGGUGGAAAAAGCCAAAAAUAUCUUAGAAGCAAUGAAAAAGAAAGAAAUAAAGACAGACGAGACUCUUUAUGGCACCCUUAUCUGGGGACUUUGCAAUGAAGGAAAAGUUGAGGAAGCUAAUGUUUUAGUAACUGAAAUGAAACAGAUUGGUCUUGAGGUAAAUAGCCAUUUGUUCACAACUCUGAUAGAUGCUUAUUUAAAAGCAGGGAAUGCCAUAAAAGCUCUUGAACUUUUCCAGGAAAUGCAAGAGUUUGAAAUCAUGCCUACUCUUGUAACAUUCAUUGUGUUAAUUGACGGUCUCUGCAAAUUGGGACUGAUCCAGGAUGCAGUUGACCAUUUUUACAAAAUGGAAGCUACGGGUUUACCUCCCAAUAUUUCUAUCUAUACGUCUCUGAUUGAUGCUCAUUGUAAAAGUAAUUGCAUGGAAGUGGCAAAAAGGCUUUUUGAUGAAAUGCAAGCAAAGGGGAUAGUUCCAGAUGGAUCUGUUUUUACAGCUUUGAUUGAUGGGAACUCAAAGCAUGGAAAUGUUGAAGAAGUCUUUAACUUAAUCAACAAAAUGACCAGUUCUGGUUUGCAGCUGGAUUUGUAUGCUUAUACUUCUUUGUUACAGGCUUACUUUAGAGCAGGGGAUGCCAAAGGGGCCCUUAAUCUGUUUCAGGAAAUGCAGAACUUGGGCAUUGCUCCAACACUUGGGACUUACACGGUUUUGAUUGAUGGUAUGUGUAAAUCGGGAUUGGUUGAGGAUGCACUGGACCAAUUUCGUAGGAUGGAUGGUACUAGUAUAUCUCCGAAUGUUGUCAUAUAUACAGCUUUAAUUGACGGUCUUUGUAAAAGCAACUGCUUGGAGAUGGCUAAAGAACUUUUUAGUCAAAUGCAAGCUAAGGGUAUGGUUCCAGAUGUAGCUGCUUUUACAGCUUUGAUCUCUGGCAAUUUAAAGUUUGGUAGCAUUGAGGAGGCAUUUAAGUUGAAGAAUGAGAUGAUUGAUAUGGGUUUGGAGCUUGAUUUACAGGCAUACACCUGUUUGGUUCAGGUGCUUGCUGACUUUGGUCAACUUGAAGAAUCAAGAAUGUUAUUUGAUGAGAUGAUCAGGAAGGGUAUUCGCCCUGACAAAGUUAUUUAUGGUGUACUGGUGAGAAAAUAUCUUGACCAUGGAAAGGCUGAUGAGGCUGUAAAAUUACAAAAUGAAAUGAUUAGGAAUGGUUUCUUAACUGAAGAUAGAAACUCUGCUGCUAUGGUGCACAAUCGCUGUAGAUGAUGGUAUGAAGCUUCAACACUUUCUGUGGGAUGUUUUAUCUUGUUUGAGAAUUUCUAGAAACCUUAUAAUUGCAGUGAACAAGUCAGCUCAGCCAAUUUGUGUUCAUUCAUGAUGCUUCACACAAACCCUGGAUGCCAAUAAAAAAUCCGAUCUCUGGGUGUUCAUAGAGAAAAUUUCAUCCUUGAGUGCUCAGGCUCAAUGUAGCAUUGAAAAACACAAGAUUGGUGAUGAUCAAUCAUCAAUUGCUUUUCUAAGGAGAGGAGCCAGUUCCUAUCAGUUUUGUGCCUUUGAUUAUCCAACAAGAUAAUGUAGGCGUUCUAUCCUUAACUUUCAAGAUAGUUCCCUGAUGAGCUUUAGGCACUACUAAUAUAUUCUUCACAUACUUGGACAAGAUGUGUCAAUUAAGGAAAUCGCAAGAGAGCCUUAAGACAAAAUCCUCCUGGAUUAUCGGAGCAGAUUCAUGUACCAGAGACUUUUACUGCUGUUCAACUUUCCUUCCACGCAACCCUUUGUUCCUGUAAAAAAUUACCAAACAGGCUGCAAUCAAGACAAAGUGUGCAAACAAAAAAAAGAGAAGAAUAAAGGAACGUGAAGGGGAGAUCAUGGAAGAGGAAGAAGAGGAGGGAGGACAAAGAUGUGGCAUUCCUUCGUAACUAAAAGCUCUGGCUCACCUACUGAAGACGGCCAAAUCAAGUAGAAAGGCGACACCUUUAAGCUACAGCAAAAUCAAUUCUGCGGUGUAUGGAUUUCCAUAUGUACAUAGCCUUAUUCCUAACCGUGGCCAUGAUCAGUCAAAAGUUCAGUGGUAGAUAAAUUGUACGAAAGAUAAACCCAUAUGCGUGAGAUUGCCAUAAGCUGGCCUCAAGUCUGAGCUCCAAAGCAUUUUACAGUUUUAAAGAUAUCUUUAAGCAUCUAACAGUUAUGUUGCCAUAAGUACAAAUUUUGAAGGCAUUGUCUGUUCGAUCUUAGACCUCAAUGAACAUGUACAAGUCUAUAUUGAUUUGCAAGGUAAAGUAGCCAGUAUUAAGGCUCCAAACACCUUUAUUUGACAUUGUUCUUGUAAUCGUAUUUCAGAAUGUUUCUGCCUCUCUGGUAAUGCUAAUGGAUUUUCAAUCACCUCA